AUGGCUGCUGGCGGAGGGGCAGCCUCUUGCUUGGGCCUGCUCACCCUCCGUCCGCCGGAGCACCUGUCCCCUCGGCUGGCUCAGAGCACAGUGAACCAGAGACAUCGCUGGCCGGCUCGGCGCCUCUGUGGGUGGAAUGGAGGCAAGGGAGUUGUGACUGAAGGACUGCAGGUCAGGGUGCCUGAGAAGAAACGGGUAGCAAUGCUUUUUCAGCCUGUUGUGCUUCGAUGCCACUUUUCAACUUCUUCCACACAACCAGCUGUGGUACAAUGGAAAUUCAAGUCCUAUUGCCAGGAUCGCAUGGGAGAAGCUUUGGGCGUGGUCUCUGCAGGGAUCCAGGCAGUGAGCAAGAGGAACUUGGAAUGGGACCCUUACGUGGACUGUGUUGACAGCAGGAGAACAGUCCGCAUUGUGGCUUCCAAGCAGGGUUCUGCAGUCACAAUUGGAGAAUUCUACAAGGGACGAGAUGUCACCAUUGUUCAUGAUGCAGACCUACACAUUGGAAAACUGAUGUGGGGAGACAGUGGGCUGUACUACUGCAUCAUUGUCACACCAGAUGAUGUGGAUGGCGAGAAUGAGGAGUCAGUGGAGCUGCUUGUUCUGGAUCAGUCGACGCAAAUGUCCGGCCAGGCGCCCCUGCGAGAAGAGUCGGACGGGGGCGGAGGUCGUGACAAAGAGGAACUGAGCCAGAAGAUUAAAGAGCAGAAAGUUGUCGUUGAUGAACUUUCCAACUUGAAGAAAAACCGGAAAGUAUACAAACAGCAGCCCAACAGCUACAUAUGUUUUCUAGCGGAUCGGACCCAGACACUCUCGGAGAGUAGAAAUGCAUUGGAUGAACUGAGGAAGGCGUACCAGGAAAUAGAAAAUUCAGAGAAAGCCAAAAUCAAGAAAUAG